AUGAUUUCUUCUGGGAAAUAUGAUCCUUUAGAAGAAUCGUACGAUGGCGGUUGUUCUUUAGAUGAAAGACCUUUAUCAAAGAAAGCACAUGUUUAUAAGUCCUGGGCUAAUGUCAUACCGGACAAACAGGGUCUAUAUGACCCUGAAUUUGAGAAAGACGCCUGCGGUGUUGGUUUUGUAGCUAACAUCAAAGGUGUGUCAUCCCAUAAGAUCGUUUCUGAUGCGCGGUUCUUACUCUGUAACAUGACACACAGAGGAGCUGUUUCCUCAGAUGGGAACGGUGAUGGUGCAGGGAUCUUGACCGGUAUCCCACAUGAGUUUAUGCAGAGAGAGUUCAAAUUGGAUGUAGGGAUCGAUAUUCCAGAUCAAUCUCAGUACGCGGUAGGGAACGUUUUCUUCAAGAAAGAUUCUCCCGAAGCGUUGGUAAAUUCCAAGAGAACGUUUGAACAAUUGGCUGAUUCUUUGGACUUGAAAGUUCUAGGUUGGAGAGUUGUACCACAUGAUUCUUCCAUUCUUGGUGCUGUCGCACUGUCCCGAGAACCAGAAAUUUUGCAACCUUUAGUAGUGUUGAAAGAAUUAUUUUCCGAGUCAUCUUCAUCUUCUUCCAUCUCUAAGGAUGAAUUCCAAUCCACAUGCGAAACCAAGUUUAAGACUAGCUUGUACAUUCUUCGGAAACAGGCUUCUACAUCGAUCGGUCUUCAAAACUGGUUUUAUGUUUGUUCCUUGGAUAACAAAACUAUAGUUUACAAAGGACAGCUUACCCCAUCACAGGUGUACAAUUACUACCAUGAUUUAACUAAUGCUCAUUUCAAAUCGCAUAUGGCACUAGUGCAUUCUCGUUUUUCAACAAAUACAUUCCCAUCAUGGGACCGUGCUCAACCUCUACGUUGGUUGGCUCAUAACGGUGAAAUUAAUACUUUGAGAGGUAAUAAGAAUUGGAUGAGAGCCAGAGAAGGUGUUAUGGCUUCUGAGGUGUUUGGUGAACAAUUGGAUAAAUUGUACCCGAUUGUGGAAGAAGGUGGUUCUGAUUCUGCCGCAUUGGAUAACGUUCUGGAGCUUUUGAUGAUGAACGGUGUUCUUUCCCUUCCAGAAGCUAUUAUACUGAUGGUCCCAGAAGCCUAUCACAAGGACAUGGACUCGGAUUUGAAGGCGUGGUUCGAUUGGGCGUCAUGCCUUAUGGAACCAUGGGAUGGUCCAGCUUUGCUAACCUUCACUGAUGGUCGCUUCACUGGUGCCACUUUGGACAGGAACGGUUUAAGACCAUGCCGUUACUAUAUUACAUCCGAUGACCGUGUCAUUUGUGGUUCAGAAGUCGGUGUUAUUCCUGUGGAGAAUUCAUUGGUCAUUCAGAAGGGUAAGUUGAAACCAGGUGAUAUGUUGCUAGUUGAUACGGAAUCUGGAGAAAUGGUCGACACAAAGCAAUUAAAGCAUAAGUUCGCCAAGAGAAAGGAUUUCAAGUCGUGGUUAUCAAAAGUUAUUAAAGUGGAAGAUGUGUUAGAGAAGACUUCCAAAUUCUUACCGCCAAGUUUCAUUUCAGAUUAUAACUUGAAAGCUCAAACUGAUCCAAGGCUAUUGGCAUUAGGAUACACAUAUGAACAGGUUUCGAUGAUCCUUGUACCAAUGGCGCUUGGAGGUAAGGAAGCUCUAGGAUCCAUGGGUAAUGAUGCUCCAUUGGCUUGUCUAAAUGAAGACCCAGUACUAUUAUAUGAUUAUUUCAGAGAGCUUUUCGCCCAGGUGACAAACCCUCCAAUUGAUCCAAUUCGUGAGGCCAACGUCAUGUCCUUGGAAUGUUUCGUAGGACCUCAAGGGAACCUUUUGGAAAUGCAUCCUUCUCAAUGCGAUCGUUUAGUUUUAAAAUCGCCAAUUUUACAUUGGGACGAAUUUGAAGCCUUGAAAAAUAUUGAAAAGGCACAUCCUACUUGGUCUACUUCGAACAUAGACAUUACUUUCCCUAAAGAAGAAGGUCUAUUAGGCUACACGGCUACCAUUGACAGAAUCACACAGGAAGCCAGUGAUGCUAUUGAUCAAGGAAAGAAGAUUUUGUUCAUUAGCGACAGACUGUUAUCUGCGGAUCGGGUCUCAAUCUCUUCGUUGAUCGCUAUUGGUGCCAUUCAUCACCAUCUUGUUCGCAACAAACAGCGUUCUCAGGUGGCUUUGAUCUUGGAAACUGGUGAAGCUCGCGAGGUGCAUCAUUUCUGUGUUCUAUUAGGUUAUGGUUGUGAUGGUAUUUUCCCUUACCUAGCCAUGGAGACCUUGGUCAGAAUGAAUCAUGAAGGAUUAGUCCGAAAUGUCAACAACGAUGAUUCAUCAAUUGACGAUAAGACUUUAUUAGAUAAUUACAAACACGCGGUUGAUGGUGGUAUCUUCAAAGUUAUGUCAAAGAUGGGUAUCUCUACUCUUGCAUCUUACAAAGGUGCCCAGAUCUUUGAAGCUUUAGGCAUUGAUAAUUCGGUCGUUGAUCUAUGUUUUGCUGGUACUGCCUCUAGAAUCAAAGGUGUUACAUUUGAAUACUUGGCACAAGAUUCGUUCUCUAUGCAUGAACGCGGGUUCCCAUCUAGAUUAACGAUACAAAAAUCGGUAAAUUUGCCUGAGUCCGGUGAAUAUCAUUGGAGAGAUGGUGGCUACAAGCAUAUCAAUGAUCCUACUGCCAUUGCUGCCCUACAGGACUCCGUGAGAAACAAAAACGAAGAUGCAUGGGAAAUGUACGUUAAGAAAGAAAUGGAGGCUAUCAAAGACUGUACUCUAAGAGGUCUCUUGGAAUUGGAUUAUUCUGAUUCGGAAUCAAUCCCAUUGGAACAAGUUGAACCUUGGACGGAGAUCGCAAGAAGAUUUGCUACUGGUGCUAUGUCGUAUGGGUCAAUUUCCAUGGAAGCUCACUCCACAUUAGCAGUUGCAAUGAACCGUUUAGGUGCCAAGAGUAACUGUGGUGAAGGUGGUGAAGAUCCAGAGAGAUCUAUUGUAAACUCCAACGGUGACACCAUGAGAUCUGCCAUCAAGCAAGUCGCAUCUGCGAGGUUCGGUGUAACAUCAUUCUAUUUAUCAGAUGCUGACGAAAUUCAAAUUAAGAUAGCUCAAGGUGCUAAGCCAGGUGAAGGUGGUGAAUUACCUGCUCACAAGGUUUCCAAAGAAAUUGCCAAAACUAGACAUUCUACGCCUUAUGUGGGUUUGAUUUCUCCACCUCCUCACCAUGACAUUUAUUCCAUAGAAGAUUUGAAGCAGUUAAUCUAUGAUUUGAAGUGCUCUAAUCCAAGAGCAGGCAUCUCAGUUAAAUUAGUCUCUGAAGUCGGUGUUGGUAUUGUGGCCUCUGGUGUCGCUAAAGCCAAAGCUGAUCAUAUUUUAGUAUCUGGUCAUGAUGGUGGUACAGGUGCAUCCAGAUGGACCGGUAUCAAGUAUGCUGGUUUACCAUGGGAACUUGGUUUAGCUGAAACACACCAAACAUUAGUUUUGAAUGAUUUGAGAGGAAACGUCGUUGUUCAAACUGAUGGUCAAUUGAGAACAGGAUUCGAUAUUGCUGUUGCAAUUUUAUUAGGUGCCGAAUCUUUCACUUUGGCGACCGUUCCUUUGAUUGCUAUGGGCUGUAUUAUGUUGAGAAAAUGUCAUUUGAACGCAUGUGCAGUUGGUAUUGCCACUCAAGACCCCGUUUUGAGAGACAAAUUCAAAGGUCAACCUGAACAUGUCAUCAACUUCUUCUAUUAUUUGAUCCAAGAUUUGAGAAGGAUAAUGGCAAAGUUGGGCUUCAGAACUGUUGACGAAAUGGUGGGACACUCUGAGAAGUUGAGAAAAAGAGACAACGUCAAGACCAAAGCGUUGAAUAUUGACUUAUCUCCAAUCUUGACUCCUGCCCACUUGAUCAGACCAGGAGUUGCAACAAAGUUUACCAAAAAGCAGGAUCACAAGUUACACACUAGACUCGACAAUAAGUUAAUCGACGAAGCUGAAAUUACUCUAGAUAAGGGUUUGCCAGUUACCAUUGAUGCCAACAUCAUCAACACUGAUCGUGCUUUGGGGUCAACACUGUCAUACAGAGUCUCUAAAAGGUUCGGUGAAAAUGGUCUACCUCAGGAUACGGUGGUGGUUAAUAUAUCUGGUUCAGCUGGUCAGUCAUUCGGUGCAUUCCUAACUGCUGGUUUGACCUUCAUUUUAGAUGGUGAUGCCAACGAUUAUGUAGGAAAGGGUUUGUCUGGUGGUAGAUUAGUCAUCAGACCACCAAAGGACUCCAGAUUUAAGUCUGAUGAGAAUGUUAUCGUCGGUAAUACCUGUUUCUACGGUGCAACGUCUGGUUAUGCAUUCAUUUCUGGUUGUGCUGGUGAACGUUUUGCCGUUCGUAACUCUGGUGCUACUGUUGUUGUGGAGAGAAUCAAAGGUAACAAUGCCUUUGAAUAUAUGACUGGUGGUAGGGCUGUUGUUCUUUCUCAAAUGGAAUCUCUUAACGCUUUCUCUGGUGCAACUGGUGGUAUUGCUUAUUGUUUGACAUCAGAUUAUGAUGAUUUCGUUGGUAAAAUCAAUCAUGACACCGUUGAAAUGCAAAGUUUAGUUGAUCCUGUUGAAAUAGCGUUUGUGAAGAACUUGAUCCAAGAACAUUACAACUAUACCAAAUCUGAUCUUGCUAAAAAGAUUCUGAAUAAAUUUAAUCAUUACUUGAAUAAUUUCGUAAAGGUUAUACCUACGGACUACAAGAAGGUUCUUGAGAAUGAAGCAAAGGAAAAGGUUAAAGCGGAGAAACAAUCUACUGCUGAUUUCUUGAAGAAGUUCAACAGCUCAACGGAUUCCGCUGUUGAUGCAACUAACGGAGAAGUCGAUCUGCUCAGAUCAUCUGUAUCUCAUAAAUCGACUUUGGCUGAACCUAAGGUACUUGAUCUUGAGGAUGCCGUACAGGAUACUAAUAAUUUGAAAAAAGCCGAGGAAAAGUUGGAGAAAAUUCGUGGUUUCAUGAAGUAUAAAAUGAAACACGAAAAGUACAGAUCUCCCGCGGCAAGAACUAAAGACUGGAAAGAGCUUUCUAAUGCAAUCACAAAGAAGGACGCUAGACAACAGACUGCUAGAUGUAUGGACUGUGGUGUUCCAUUCUGUACAUCAGAUACGGGAUGUCCAAUUUCCAAUAUUAUCCCAAAAUUCAAUGAGCUUGUGUUCAAAAACCAAUGGAAAUUAGCAUUGGACAAACUAUUGGAAACUAACAAUUUCCCUGAAUUUACUGGUAGAGUUUGUCCCGCUCCAUGUCAAGGUUCUUGUACCUUGGCUAUCAUUGACGAUCCAGUCGGCAUCAAGUCUGUUGAAAGAUUGAUUAUCGAUAACGCUUUCAAAGAAGGAUGGAUUAAACCUUGUCCACCUGAAGUCAGAACAGGUAAGAUUGUUGCCGUUAUCGGCUCUGGCCCUGCAGGUAUGGCUUGCGCAGACCAAUUGAACAGAGCUGGUCAUUCAGUAGUUGUUUACGAGAGGGCUGAUCGUUGCGGUGGUUUGUUGAUGUACGGUAUUCCAAAUAUGAAAUUGGACAAGUCAAUUGUUCAAAGACGUUUGGAUCUAUUAGCAGCCGAAGGUGUUCAAUUCAUCACAAACACUGAGGUUGGUAAAGAUAUCUCCGUUGAGGAAUUGAAAUCUAAGUUCGAUGCUAUUGUUUACACCGUUGGCUCGACCAUUCCUAGAGACUUGAGAAUUCCUGGUCGUGAAUUGAAAAACAUCGACUUUGCAAUGACUUUGCUAAAGAGCAACACGCAAGCUUUAUUAGACAGAGACUUAGAAACAAUUAAGAAACAAAUCAAGGGGAAGAAAGUUAUUGUUAUUGGUGGUGGUGAUACCGGUAAUGAUUGUUUAGGUACUUCUGUCAGACAUGGCGCUGCGUCAGUUCUAAACUUUGAGUUGUUACCACAACCACCUAACGAACGUUCUAAGGACAAUCCUUGGCCUCAAUGGCCACGUAUCAUGAGAAUUGAUUACGGGCAUGCGGAAGUGAAAGAACAUUACGGAAGAGAUCCUCGUGAGUACUGCAUCUUAUCCAAGGAGUUUAUUGGAAAUGAAAAUGGUGAAGUGAAAGCCAUUAAAACCGUUCGUGUCGAAUGGAAGAAAUCUCAAUCUGGUGUUUGGCAAAUGGUAGAUGUACCAGGUUCUGAACAAAUAUUUGAAGCUGACAUCGUUCUAUUAUCCAUGGGUUUCGUCGGCCCUGAAGUAAUCGAAGACCCUACCUUUGUCAAAUCCAAAAGAGGUACCAUCACUACGUUGUCAGAUUCCUCGUACUCUGUUGACGGAGACAAGGUAUUUGCAGCAGGUGACUGUAGGAGAGGUCAAUCUCUAAUCGUGUGGGCUAUCCAAGAGGGAAGAAAGUGUGCUACAGCCAUUGACACAUUCUUGAUGGGGUCCACAAACUUACCUGGAAAUGGUGGUAUUGUCAAACGUGACUACAAACUCUUGGAAGAACUAGCCUCCACAAUUUAA